AUGACGACGUUCUCUUAUGCGAUCUCCGACAAUGCGUCUCUUUCCUCCCUGCUCGCCAAGAUUGCCAAUCUCCCUCUAACGAACGCUGCACUUGUUGCGGAAUCGUUCGUCGAGGCAUUCCCAGUACUCUGGAAAUUACCUAUCCCAAUCAAGCGCUGGCCGCGCAUUAUGAAGGCGGAACUGGGCAAGGUUGCUGACAGGGUGUGGAAGGACAGCGAGAUCGAGUGCAUGAGAAGUGAUGGAAUGCAUUCCAAGUUGCUGGAAGCCAUGAAGGAAGGUACUAAUAGGAUCCUUCGAUGUCGGAUAGACAACAGCAAGGUCCUAUCUGGGAAGCCAAUGGACCGAGAUCUGGCCAUCGCGAAUAUCCUAGCCGUCAUUUUCGCAGGUUAUGAAACGACUGCUAGUGCAAUAGGUCUCGAAUCGCAGGAAUGCUUGCACGAACUCGCGCUCCAGCCUGCUAUACAGUCCAAGCUUCGAGCAGAACUCGUCUCGUUUGCAGAUGUCACGGGCAGAGACCCGACCUAUGAUGAUCUUGCGAGUGCUACGCAGUUGCUGUACCUGGACGCCGUCGCACGCGAAACUAUGCGCACGUAUUCAAUCGUAAUGAACCUUACACGGGAGGCGACAGUCGAGGAGAGUAUCCCUUUGCAGUUUCCCGUCCGAUCGACGGGGGCUACGCAUGUCGUUGUUAAGCCAGGGCAACUCGUCCACAUCCCCAUACGUGGCGGCAUCAACAACGAUCCUGAUAUAUGGGGACCCGAUUCAGAAGUGUUCAGACCGGAACGAUGGCUAGACAACGGAAAGAGGCUGCCGGAGAGCGUCAAGACAGUCCGUGCUCCUGGGCAUGUGCUAUCAUUUGGGGAUGGACCAAAGAUCUGUGUCGGACGUCACUUUGCACUAGCGGAGUUCAAGAUACUGAUCGCAACUCUGGUGCGGUACUUUCACUUCGAACACGCGGGGGUCGACUACGACUUCUAUCGGGUCGGAAGCAACACUGUCAAGCCGAAGAUACGUGGCAAGGACGGGCUAUCUCCUAGCCUCGAGCUACGAAUCAAAGCGGUGUUGGACAUAUGACGGCUGUGCUUCCAAUCGACAUCGCAGCAGUGACCUGGACAUGCACACUACAACGUAUUCGUUACUCUUGGGUGUCAUCGAAGGCUCUUGCUGCUCGAGCGUCAGUUUCUAUAAACACAGCUAGCGUUCCUAUACACGAAUCCGUAUCCCAAUGAUCGCACCCUAGUAAUGCAUUACCAGGUCUCGCUAUAGACAGUACUUGUCUGCACAGUUUGAGUGCACCGUAACCGAAUGCGUACCGCUUCU